AUGCCAUCUGCUCGGGCUCAGAUGAAGGGGCCAGUGAACUCCGCACCCCAGUCAUGCCUCGAAACAUCCCCAACACUGGGUGACUGGCCGCCCCAUGAGGGCCGCCCUGUGAGGAGCCACCGCGGCUCCCGAGGCCUCAACAACAUCGUUGAUACCAACGAGCUCGUUGCCGGACGUGACUACCGAACCACCAUCAUGCUCCGAAACAUCCCCAACAAGGACGGCCAACCUCCUUCGAGCAAACUGUCGGCGUCUCUCUCGGGAGACCCUAUUGUUUGUUUCGACUCAGGUUGGUCGAAAUUGUUUGGUAACUUUGGGGUGAGCCGCUUCGACCCCCGUCGCAAAGCGGGUGAGUUACGGCCCUGCAUUCCGGGGCCUGAACAAGAAGCGGCAGUCAUGAAAGCAGCACGUCGCACUGUGUAUGGCGCUCACAUGUUGCCCCAAACAACUGACUUUGGCGUCACUCCUGACGAGGCCCGCGCCCUGCACAAGAAGCAGCAUGAGAGCGACUCCAAGAUGGCCGAAUACAUCAUCGACUUCUUUCAACCCCGUGGCAUAAGAUCUAAGGGCAAAAAUGCCACCGUGCUCUACCCCCAAGGUAGUCCUACGGUCGCUUCUGCUCAAUCGCAAGCAGCGGCUGAGGACGCUGCCAUCCAGGUGGAAGAUGGCAUCUUUGAUGGCGGCCCUACCAAGGACUUCGGCACCACUGGUAACGACAACCCGGGCAACCUCAUCUAA